UCUGCCUGCCGCAUCCCUUCUAUCUGAAUUCUUCCCAAAAUCUCCACUCUAGAGAGAGAAAGCGCGAAGCAUACAACGCUGAGAGAGCGAGGCACCACCAAUGGCGACGCGAAGAAGCUCUCUUUCCCUCUUCUUCCUCCUCCUCGCCGCCUUCAUCGCCCUGCUCGCCGCCACCUCGGAGGCGAUCUCCUCGCCGGUGGCGGCGGAGCUGGGGUGGAUCCCGGGGCGGACGGCGUGCCGUGGGACGAUCGCGGAGUGCCUCGCCGGCGACGAGUUCGAGCUCGACUCGGAGAUCAGCCGCCGGAUCCUGGCCUCAUCGCGCUACAUCAGCUACGACUCGCUGAGGCGCGAUAGAGUCCCCUGCUCUCGCCGCGGCGCCUCCUACUACAACUGCCGCCCCGGCGCCCACGCCAACCCCUACUCUCGUGGAUGCUCCGCCAUCACCCGGUGCAGGCGUUAGGGCCGGGCUCGCCCCCCCCCCCCACCUCCUCCUCCUCGAUCUCUUCUCUCUUUUCUCUCCUUCCCCUUUGUUUUCCCUUUGAGUGCCGACUUGGAAAUUGAUACGUUGUUGUUAUUGUUAUUCUACAUGGCAUAUUUUUUAUUACAUUUGUUCGAGGCAAAAAGAUUCCAUCUUUGAGAAAAAUGACAGUUUCAGGUAAGUGCCCUUGGAUUCUUAGACAGAAGGUGAGAAAUUCCGGAGAUCCGUUUUCUUUUUUUUGAAAACAUAUGAUUAAAUUCUAGGUUGUUUUGAAUUUUGGACAGUUUGUUGCCUUUGGAUCUUGUCCUUUUUUUUCUAAUUGAAUUCCGCUUGCCCCUGUCUUCUUCUCACCAUUCAAGGAAAGGUGGAAGGAAGAAUAAGGACAAAUAUGGUGGAAAGAAGGAAAGUAUAGUGUUUCCAUGGUUUCUUUUCUCUGAUAAUUUAAAAGGAAAAACCUUUGUAGAAGAAAAA